AUGAAACUCACCAAAUCCAUCCUUAGUCCUAGCCAUGCUCGGCAUGACCCACCUCUUACUCUUCCCACUUCUCUCAGUCGGAAGCUUAAAGCUAAUGGCAGUAUUAAAGGCGGACAAUCCCCAGCUACGUUUCCUACUACCACCGGAAAGAAACGAGGGUCGAGUUUUGAUAACCCGGAACCUUCGUCUCCGAAGGUGACUUGUAUUGGUCAGGUGAAAAUGAAGACGAAGAAGAAAGUUAGGCAAACACGGAAUUUGUCUAAUAGAAGGAGUGAUAUAAGUUUCAGGAAGUUGGAAGAAGAAAAAAGGGGAGUUUUGAUUCAGAAUCAGAGGAGUUCUAGUGUGCAUUUGCAGGCGCAAGAUCAAUGUGCGGUGGCGCAUAGAAAUCAGAGAUGGGUACAUUUGCCAGUAACGAUAUAUGAAGCUUUGAGAGAGUUUAGCUGUUUGUUUCCAUGUCGGUCUUCGUGUUUUUCGAAUGAGAAAGGAAAACAACAAGAUAAAGUUAAUGGAUCUAGAGAUGUUGAUAAUAAUAAUGGGCAGAGGAGAUGUGAGGAUGUUGUUGCUAGAUGGCUAGUUGCAUUACAAGAUAGUGAAACAGAAGAAAAAACCAGAGGGAUUGAGUUGAUGGUGACGAAUAACUUGAAAGAAAACGACGAUGAAGAAGGAGAGAAAAUGCAAAGUAGUAUGAGAAGCUCAAGAAGGCAUGUGUUUGAAGGUAUUGAGUUCAAGGAUCAUGACGAUGAGAGUGUUGAAAUGAAGGAAGAGAAAGGUAGAGUUAGCAUUUGCAUUCCACCUAAAAAUGCUUUGCUUCUUAUGAGAUGUCGAUCUGAUCCUAUGAAAAUGGCGGAUAUUGCUAAUCGAUUCUGGGAAUCACCUGCUCGGGAAGAAACUAAUGAGAAAGAAAUCGGAGAAAAUGCGGAGGUGAAAGAAGUAGAAGAUACAGAAAACACUGAAUGCAAUGUACUACAGGAAACUAGUGUUUCUGUAGAUCUGGUAGAAAAUGAAGAAGCAGUAGAAGUCACAGAUAGUAGUAAGGAUGAAGAAAAGCUCAAAUGCGAUGAAUUAACGCCAGAAACAGAGGAACAAGAUGAAGAAGACAGUGAGAUGAAGGGACUUGUAGCAGUAGCUGCAGUAGAAGUAAACUCCAUUGUUGAUCAACUCCUUGAAUCAGAGAAAAAAGAAGAAGAAGAAGACAGCAGCAUUCAGAGUUUUUCAUCUUUCUCAGAAAACGAAGAAGAUGAAACAUUGGAAGAAGAAGAGAGGUUCAAAUCAAUUAUUAAGAAGGUGAUCGAAGAAACACUCUUGUUAGAACACAUUGAUAGAGAAGAUGCAAAACAAAUUCAACACGAACACAAACACGAAGAAGAAGCAAAAUCUGAUGCAGUAUUUUCAAACAAUGAAAACGAAAAAGAAUCGAGAAAACAACAGAACGAAUCAAUUCUUCCAGAUUGCUUGCUUCUAAUGAUGUGUGAGCCCAAGCUAUCCAUGGAGGUUUCUAAGGAAACAUGGGUAUACAGCAGCACCGAAGUAAAACAAGCUAAAACAGUGACGACAAAGAAGAAGAAGAAUGAAAUUCCCGAGGAUCCAAAGAGAAGGCGAAGCAUUGACAAGAGUAAACAACAACAUCUCCUCCUCCAACCACCAAGGUCAUCGUGUUCUUUCCCGGCGACCGGAGUUUCGCCGGCGAUAUCCAUGGCAACGAUGAUAGAGCAGAAACUGGUAAACGCAGUGGCUUACGAGCCGUUAGUGUUGACAAGGUGCAAGUCGGAGCCGAUGAGGACGGUGGCGGGGGGGACGGCUAAGCUUGUACCGGAGACUUGUUUCUGGAAGAAUAUGAAGAUUGAGCCACAUCGACGAGCUACAUUUGGAUUCGGGGCGGCUGGAGUCGGGUUUUGA